CAUCUGCAAUGGCAAAACUGUGUUAUAGAAAAUUCCUGUCAAACAGAAUUCUGUGGCAAAUGUUUUACCCUCAGGUGCUUUUGCUGUCAUUGGUGACUCUCUCCAGGCCUAAAAUCUCCAAGUCAAAUCAACAGAGAAACAUGUUAGCUUCUCCUCCCUGCCAGUGAUGUGUAGUGUAACAACAGUUUGCUUCCAAGGAAAAAUCAGUAGGUCCUCGUAAAGUGAGCUGUGUGGGAUGGAACAUGAAGCUACCCAGUUAGAAAAGCAGCAUGUGCACAAUGUGUAUGAAAACACAGCUGCCUACUUCAGUGAUUUGCAGAGCAAAGUGUGGCCUCGUGUUCGAAACUUCCUGCUGGAGCAGAAACCUGGCAGUCUUGUUGCUGACAUAGGUUGUGGAACUGGAAAGUAUCUCAGUGUCAACAAUCAGAUAUAUACUGUUGGCUGUGAUUACUGUGGACCACUGGUAGAGAUUGCAAGGAAGAAAGAUUAUGAAGUUCUAGUAUGUGACAACCUUAACCUUCCCUUUAGGGACCAGUGCUUCAAUGCAGUUAUUUCCAUUGGAGUGAUCCACCAUUUCUCAACUAAACAAAGAAGAAUCAAAGCCAUAAGGGAAAUGGCAAGGGUGUUGAUACCUGGAGGCCAGAUGAUGAUUUAUGUUUGGGCUAUGGAACAAAAGAAUCGUCACUUUGAGAAACAAGACGUAUUUGUUCCUUGGAAUAAGGCCUUGUGCUCACGGCAUUUUUCAGAAUCGAAUCAAUCAGGAGAUAAGGGUGAGUUUGUGCAUGCUGUGAAAAACCAAGACAUACACCCUGCACAGCUUGUCAUCUCUGAUUGCAGCUACCAGGCUAGUGUGCAGCCAGAACCUGAUUCAAAACAUUCCCGCAAUACGGACCAUUGCUUAUCCAGAGCCUGCUGCCUGAAAAUUUCUGAAGAAGAAAACAGAUUUUACAGUGCUCUAGGAAGAUCUUUUCGCUCAUGGUUCUUCUCCAGAUCCCUUGAUGAAUCAGCCCUGAGAAAGCAAACUGACAAAAUGAAGCCUCUGAAGAAUGAAGGAGAAUGGACAAACAGCGCAGUACCCAUUCAGCAUUCGCGACACUGCAGUUUGGAUUUAGGUCACCGUGGAGCAUUGUUAAAAGAACGGAGUUUAGAUGAUGAUGAUGUGUUUGUGGAAAGCCUGCCUCUCAAUAAAACAGAGUGGUCACCAGCCACAGAUGCACUGAAGGAUUUAAAGUUAAAUGGAGGGCACCAAAGUGCACCUCAGAGCAAGAGCGAAGAAGCUUCAUUUAUAAAUGGCCCAGUGGAAGACAGGGACUACAGCUGUGGUUCUAAUAAAGAUGGUAUUGAUAAGUCUAGUGCCAGCAGGUUUUUCAAAAGAACUUCAACAAAUGACUCCACUGACUCUGCUUUGGAUUCAGCAGUGUCUGUUGGGGACCAAACUGAUGUCACGUUGGAUACAAAAGCCUUCAUGCGUUAUUACCACGUUUUUCGGGAAGGGGAGCUGUGCUCUCUGGUAAAAGAGAAUGUGCCUGAACUUCAGAUAAUUUCUUCCUGCUAUGACCAUGGAAACUGGUGCAUCAUUGCAGAGAAGAGAGGAACACAGGUGUAAAGAGAACAAAGAAUCCAGUGACUGAGGAUUUUAAGCUGCUCCUUGUGUUGCUGUGAUUGUGCAGUGUGACACAGAAUUUGAAUCUCAUGUAGUUGUGUGCCAUUCAAUUCUGAGUUAUCAUCUCUCUACCUGUUUAACUAAUAGAAGGUCUGUAUGUAGGAAUUUAAGCAGUAAACAAUACUUAUGUUUUGUUAAACUUUUAUGAAGUUAAAACUGGAGAGUUUUAUAUUGCUUUUAGCAAAAAAUUGUGGUUUUAAAUACACUUUUCUAUCAAGAAAUAAAACAUUUUUUUAUAAGAGAAGGGUUAGGGCAUCUUUUAUGAGAAGUAUUCUCUCAGUAGAAAGUUUAGGCUUUAUUCUUCAAACUCUGAAAAUGUGUCAUGUUGCUCCCUGUUCUUGAAGUCCUGUAAAUAGAGACAUAGGCACAUCUAUAAACAUACUUGACUGUAUAUUGCUAGAGUGCAUGCUGCAGAACUGGGAGCAAGCAUGGUCCCAGUGCUACUUGGUUUGGAGUAGAGUUGUUAAUGGAUAAAAACUAUGUACAAAACAAGCUCUGCAUAUUCUGUCCUUGUGUUUAGGAGCAAAUGACAGAAGAAAUUAUGAACAGUAUUUUUGACCUUUGUUUUAAAAAUAAUUUAAUUUGUGUCUCAGGUACAGGUUAAGUUUUAUAUAUUAGUUCUCACAAAUACUUUAUCUUAAUUUCUUUUGCUGUAGCUUUUCAUUAGUUUUGUGUAUAUAGAAGUCAGAGAAAUUCAUGACAGUGUCAGUAUUAAGUAAAGGUUACAAAAUAUCAAAUAUUUGAGGUACAGAAAUCUUUUCAAUAGGCCUGGGAAGUAAAGACAAAGUUAAUAAAAUUCCAGUGCAUAUCAGCUGUCAUAUUUGCUGUUCUUAUUCACUGACAUGAGAAUAUAUCUCAAACGGUGUGUUAAAUAUUGUAGAAAGGAAGAGGAUACAAGUCCAAUUUGUAUAUAAAAUAUAAAUUCCUGUCUUUUGAGACCUAAAUAACAAUAGAUUUCUUAAAAAACUUUCCCAUUCCUUGUAAGGCAUAAAUUUUGCUGAACAUGGUGCCCCAUCAUCAUCAGGCUAUACUAGAUCUUAGCAGUUGCCCUCCUAUAGCUCCUUACACCCAAAUAAUCUCAGCCUUUUCAGUGGGAGACUAAUUAUAUGAAGUUGUAUGUGCUGUGGAUAAAAUGCACCUGGCUUCUGAUCAGUAGUGAAGUUGUAAUUGUUACCAGCCGAAGCAGGGCUGGAAUUGGCUAAUUGCUUCGUUAGCACGAAGUUACUCCAUUUUUAGGCUUUAUUUACAGUCAGUGGUUUUCACGCAGGGUUCAUCUUUAGCUGGUGUGGUUUUGUGACCUUUAAUGGAGCUGCAAAGAUUUACACCAGAGCUCAGCCUUUUUGAUACAGCAGUUUUAGAGACCCACAUAAUUAACAUGUCUGCCCUAGUAGUGAGCAAAUAACUUUGAAUACAAAGCAGCAGGAGUGAGACACUAAACUUUUCCAGUCUAUGCUGCUUAAGUAGAUGGAUUUUGGGUUAUUCAGUAGAAAGCUCUGAUGGUGCUGAGUAUUUUUAGAUGUAGCUGCCCAGGCAUAAUUGCCAGAUGGUAAUGUAUUAUAGAUUUAUUUACUGGAAUGAUGCCUGUAGAACAAUCAUAUUUGUCUUCCUCAUUCUGGAUCUGUACCACUUGAACUCCCCAUAGCCUUUUGAAAAUAAAAGCGUGGUCACAGAACCAUGCAUCUGAAACUUCUGAAAUGUUAUUCCACUCUAAAUAUUACUUUCAAUACAGCCUGGGGCUGUGGUUCUCGGACACUGUGUCUGAGCCAUACUUCAGAAAAGUGGCAAUAUUCCCUGCCUCGCUGGGUCCAGCUGCCUGUGGCUGAGGGGCUGCUCCUGCUGCAUCCUCAAGCACCAGUUUUAGAAGCACAGUGUGAAAAUCCCCAUGCUGGCACAUUGCAGAGACAGCAUGGAUGGUGCUGAGCUCCACACCUUGUCUGCAACGUGCUCAUGUCAGACCGAGAGGCCUGCCUCAUUUGUUGGGAAUUCCCCAAGGAGCUUGAGGAUUUUAGAAGAAAACUCAGUUGCUUCCAGGUAAGAUAUGCCAGUGCAUAUUCAUAACCUCUGGAAUGUGAGCUGUAUUUAGGAAGGAGGUAGCUGAUUAUCAUCCUAUAUCUAUUUUUGAAUGUUCAUCCCUGAAGUCCAGCGUAUGGAAACUCUAUUACACAUAUAUAAAAAUACUUAUAAAAAAUAGGAAUCUAAACUGAAAGCUGGGUUUAAUUAACUGGGAGAAGGAACGUUAUAUUAAUAACUUCUUUAUCUGCACUUCGGCAGUUUAUUUGUGGAGUAUUCAGUGUGUAGUCAACCAAGCUGACAAAAUUUGUGGUAAACUAAGAAAGGAAAGGCUUUCAUUCUCUUUACAGCAGAGACUUGCUGUCCUUGCAAAGGUCUGAGUGUGUGUUUCAGGCUCCACUGAAAACAUCCUACUCUAUCAACUGUGUGAAUAAGAGUUGUCACCUCAAAACCACUGAGGUACUUUAAACUGCAUUUGUGUUUGUAGAAUUUCCAUGGACUGUUUGCUUUGAGAGUCUUGGCUGGGCAUGCUUUUCAUGACUGUUUUUUUUUCUGUAUUGGAUUUUCUCUUGUUUUGAGCUGAUGCCAUUAAGUUGCAUUAUAUGCAAGUUUGGAUUGCAUUGUUAUAAAUUUUUGGUAGAAAGGGAGGGAAGGUUUACUAAACCACUUUUCAAAUAUUCAGUUUUCCUCUGAGGAUGUAUAAUCACCAUGUAACAAAAUUUUUAUAGACUGGGAUCAGUCAGCUGAGAUCAUGACCAUGAGUUCUGCAGAGCAAGCCUUGAUUCCUGUAUGCAGCCUCCCAUGUAUUUAUGGAAGCUGCCUAGCUCUGCAACAGCUUUAUCAUCUCAUAAGAAGCCAGAUUACCACACUCAGAGCAUGGUGAAUGUCUCUCUUGAUUGGUUUCUCUUUUGAUGAUGCCCAUCUUAAGCAAAAUGUAAUUUCUGGAAGAAUUCUUGUGAUCUCAGUCUUUAAUAGCUUGCAGACAUAGUUAAUGUGCCCAGAAAAGUGUGUAUACCAUUGAAAAGUCUAUAGUAAAUGAAUGAACAACUAAAUAACAUGUGGUUAUCCUUGCAUACUAAAACUCCCAGCAAUGUCUGGACUGCAAGACCUAAUUGCUAUAACGUAAAAGGCAAAUGUGUUCUUCUGUUUCUUGUCAGACAAGUGUCACACCAGUUUUGCCAAUAACAAGCAUACUUCUGACUAUGGAGGGCUAGGAUUCCACCUAAGCUACUCCUCUAGCUUUAAGUGGUACACAGAGAAGUCUUGGUUACAUGAGAAAAGAUGCUCUGUUUUUUUAAAAUUUAAUUUAUUAGUAUCAUUGUCAGUCUGAACUGGCUAAACAAAAGCUGCUACUGUAUUAACUCUUACAGAUUGUAACCUAAGUGGACAAUUGCAAUAAAAAAGAUACAAUUGAAUGGACUUAUUUUUGAAGGACUAAUCCAAUUGCAAUAUUUGGUAAAUUAUAUUUUGUUUUUUUUUGUUGUUGUUGUUGUUGGGUUUUUCAUUUGUUUGUUUGUUUUAAUACGUGAAAAUAUUCAUAGUAGAAGUGCAGAAGUAGAAUUUUUUUGUACGAUGGUAACGAAUUUACUUUCUUCCAAGUUUAUGGUGGAGGAAUUUUAAAAGCACAGGUGAGGAAUGAAAACUAUAAAUAUUCUAGGAAACUUUUUUCUGGUACAUAUUUAUAUGCAAGCUACUUAUGUGCACAGUUUAAAAUGCUGAGAGAAGAGCUGUGUAUAUUCCACCUGAAGAAUACUGUUAGUGAAUCACCUGGUUAGAUUCUGAAGGGAAAAAUAUAGGAAAAAGAAGUGUAACAGUGUUAAAUAUAUCAAUUGUAUAUCUUUUGUGAGUUCAGCAUUUCCUAUUCUUACAGUAUAUGAAUUUUGGCAGCUAUCCAUGAUUUUAUCUUCCAAUCUGCUGGUCAAAACCAUGCCUAGGUACUGCUCUGUAAUCAAUUCUUUGUCCAUAUGCGGAACCUCUUAUCUAGUAUUCAACAGAAAAAUAAAUCCUACCUGGUUAAAAUAUUAUUUCCUAAAGAACCUCUGUGCUUUCAGAUUAGUUAAUAAACAUCUUUGCUACUGGAAA